UCUUCUUCUCCUACGGCAUCAUCCUCAAAGUGUCUUCUCCCACAGCAUCAUUACAGUCUUCUACAUCAUUUCCACAAUCUUUUCUCACAUCUUUUUCUCCAAUGACAAGCUCAAAUUGUGUACGUCCCCAUACCACCUUAAGAUCUGAAGUCGAAGAUCUCAACGCAAGAGUCGAAGAAUUGGAGGCUGAGUUGAAAACGGUUAAAGAAGAAUUGGAAACCUUCAAAAAUCCUGGCACAACAUCUUUACGAACGAUCCUUAAUGAAAUGUCGUUAAAGUUGUUAAAAGACUCAGAGGAAGAUGCUAAAAAAAAGGCUAAUGAGAUAAAACGUAAGAAAGAAAUUGCGGCUCAGAAACAAAUAAAACGGGAGGCUAAAAAGGAACAAGCAGAAAAAGCAAAAAAAGAAAACUAA